AUGGCUAACGAUGAUGCAAGCUGCCUGCCAGAGGAAUCUGGCCGUCACGAAGUUGGGGCCCCGAGCCAAAUUCCCGCCGGGGAGGCCGGGAGCCAAGAUACGACUCCUGGUCCCUGGGCUGAAUACGCCAUGACACUGCCAUGGAAGGUGGCGAGAAACGCCAGGAAAAUAAAGACACAAGCACUUAUGCAGCUCAAACAAGCGACUCCAGUCAGAGAGCCUCUGCAACGAUCAACAACCAACUAUACCGGUAAACGCCUUGAUGAGCGUAUCGGCAGCAGGGCAGCAAAUGUAGAAUCAAUCCUCAUCCAGAUUGUGGGAGAAGUAUCUGUGCAAGAAUGCACCAGUUGUCUACAAAACAAUGGUCCUUGGGCCAAGUGUAUCCGCUUCCACGAUCUUAAUCGUGUUGUGACAGCCUGCGGAAACUGCCAAUGGAACGGGCGGGCGACCCGUUGCAAUUAUUUUCAGUUACCUCUUAUUCCCGGAACUCCCCAUGGUCACCAGCGCAACCGCUCAUCUCAAUCCUCUAUGGAAGUUCGUGUCCUGACUCACCGCGAGCAGGCCGAAAGCGGCCUAGCGGCUUUACAACGCUUGGAACAGUAUGUUCGACAGAUGCAGGCAGAGGUCGGCCUCAGCGAUUCCCGAAAUGAAGCUAUCCACAACGCAAUACAGGCAGAUAACUUUGCCGAGCUUGUCGUCCCUGCUCGGGCAUUUAUCCCAACUACCACGGCCGACGACCGCCAGGCCCAGUUCAAUUGUAUUCUUACAAUGAUCAAUAAUGCCAAGGAGGCGUACGUCAACAUCCAACGUACUUAA